CCGGAAAGCGAACGUACGGACAACCGAUUAUAGAACACGGCAAACGUGUCGUCUUCCUCCUCCCAUCGUCCGCCACUUUCUGCUUGCACGUUGUCUUCCGAGCUCUCUUUCAUGGCGGGAAAAGGCGAACUCGCGUCUUUCUUCAUCUUUUUCCUUUGCCUCUACCCAUCUUUGGAGGAGCAAACGGGGGUCAAGUCCGGCUACUUCUACGCCGGCAGCGAAAUCCCGGUCUCGGACAUCGAUUCCUCCUUGUUCUCUCACCUCAUAUGCGCUUUUGCUUCCAUCGACUCUCCGGCCCAUCCGUUCUCCUUCAACUCCUCCUUUGAGCAAAUCUUCUCCACCUUCACGAGCACCGUGAAACGCAAGAACCCUUCGAUCACCACGCUGCUGUCAGUGUGGGCAGGCGGAGAGGAUCCUUCCGCUUUCGCUUCGAUGCUCGGCGAGUCUUCUUCAAGAAGGUCCUUUAUCGAAUCCACCAUAGAAAAGGCAAGGCUUUAUGCGUUCAGUGGGAUUGAUCUCUUUGGGGUCUGGCUCGGUAGGAGAAUUAACAUUACCAAUUUGAGUGUUCUUUUGGGAGGGUGGAGAGAUGGAGUAGAUGCCGAAUCGAGGAAAUCCGGGAAAUCUCGGUUGCUGCUAGUGAUGGGUGUAUAUUGUCAGUCCAUUGUUGACUCUCUGAGUUUCCCACUUAACUCAAUUCACAGAUAUUUGGACUGGGUUCACCUAAUUGCUUACGAUUACCAUCUCCCUACCAGGGAAAAGUUUGCCCUCCCUCAUGCUGCUUUAUUUGACCCCGCGAGCCAUAACAACACAGACUUCUGCAUAACUUGGUUGCUGACUAGAGGAUUUCCUGCAAGAAAGCUGGUUCUGGGCUUGCCCUACCAUGGCUAUGGUUGGCAGCUCGAGGAUUCGAGCGGCGAUGCCAUUGGCCAUCCAGCGGUGGGUCCUGCUCUCAUGGCGGAUGGGGCAUUUGGAUACAAGGGCAUAAAAUCAUUAAUCCGAGAUUUUGGUUACGGAGCCAGUUCUGUUUAUAAUGGUACAUAUGUGGCGAACUUUUACAGCAAGGGGUUGGUAUGGAUCAAUUUCGAUGAUGUGGAGACCAUUCGAGCCAAAGUAACUUAUGCCAAGGAAAAGGGGCUUCUUGGUUACAGUGUGUUUCAGAUUAACAAUGAUCAGAACUGGGUUCUUUCCAGGACAGCUCAAGAAGCCGGUGAAGAUCAGCAAGAAAGGCGAUGGUUCUGGUUAGUUAUGCUUAUUUCGAUUGCUAUAGUUGUUCUCCUUAUAUUUGGCCUGAUAUGCUACUUACAGAGGAGAACAUUGAAAUCAGAAGGUAUUUCAGGUGUAAUAAAAGGAUUUAGUAGGCAAUUAAAGACUAUGGUGUGUAAAGGUGAAAGUCUUGAGAGCAGUGCUCCUAAGCUGCAAACAUUUGGUUAUGCCACCCUCAGAGCAGCAACUGAUAACUUCUCGAGUGAAAAUAAGAUUGGAGAGGGUGGAUUUGGACCUGUUUACAAGGGCAAGUUGCCUAAAGGACGGGAAAUUGCAAUAAAGAGACUUUCAAAAACUUCGAACCAAGGGCCCGAGGAGUUCAAGAACGAAGUUAUGCUUGCUGUUAGCCUGCAACACGUCAACCUUGUUCGCCUUCUUGGAUUUUGCACUGACAGGGAAGAAAAGAUGCUGGUCUAUGAGUACAUGCCAAAUAAGAGCUUGGACUUCUACCUAUUUGAUCCAAUAAGGAAAUAUUCGCUGGAUUGGGUGAAACGUGUUCAUAUCAUAGAAGGCAUUACACAGGGGCUUCUUUAUCUCCACGAAUACUCCAAUUUCACAAUAAUUCAUCGAGACUUGAAAGCCAGCAAUGUUCUACUGGAUGAUGAAAUGAACCCCAAGAUAUCAGAUUUUGGUAUGGCGAAAAUAUUUAAGAAGGAUGACGUCGAGGCAAAUACUAGCCGAAUUGUAGGGACUUAUGGGUACGUUCCGCCAGAAUAUGUGAGGAAAGGCAUAUACUCAAUGAAGUAUGACGUCUACAGCUUUGGGGUACUGCUGUUGCAAAUCAUCUGUGGUAAAAAGACCUCAUGUUACUACGGCCUGAAUGAAAAUCUGAAUCUUCUCGAUUACGCAUAUGAGCAGUGGAAAGACGAUAAAUGCAUGGAGUUCAUUGAUCCGUCUCUUGAUGACUCUUCAUCGUCCUGUAAGCUCUUGAGAUGCAUUCAAGUGGCUCUUCUAUGCGUGCAAGAGAAGGCUGGGGACAGGCCCUCCAUGUUGGAAGUCUCUUCAAUGCUCAAGAAUGAAUUUUCAGCUGUGAACUUCCCCAAGAAGCCUGCAUUUUCAAUUAAGAAAGAUGAAGAUGAAGAUAAGGAUGACAAGUGCUUGCUCCAGGAGGCAGUGCAUUCAGUCAAUGAUGCAUCGAUUUCUGAAUUGUUUCCUCGCUGAUUAUACCUUGCAGGUAUCCAUACCAUAGAGAGAAUCUUUUGUUAAAUUAUUUGGUUGCCCGGUACUUCGUUUGGCCCGGGAAAGGUUUUUAAAAAAGAAUAAAGAAACAUAGAUGAGUUGUGGCAUUAUUUUCCCAAUUUUAAUGGUUGACAUUUUCUUAUGUCUGUAUAUAUUUUUAUCCUCUAGAGGCCGUCCCUUGUUCAUUCUUGUGUCUUGUAACCUAUUAAACGAUGAAUAACCCUCAGGUAUAUAGGCUCUGGGGUCUUCAAGCUACAA